CCGUCUCGUCCUCGUCCCUCUGCUCCUCGGACAACGAUUCCUCCUACUCGUCCGACGAGGAGUCUUCAUCCGUCCUCCUGCGUCGCGCGCUGCUCCAGCAGGACAAACACAAACACAGACAGAACCUGAGGUCGGAGGUCAACGACUCCAACCCUUCGGCCGCGGUCACGGUUCAUCCCUAUGCGGCCAAGGCUGGCGUGGCCCACUCCGGACCAAAGGGCAGGACGGAGGACAGGACAGAGGAGAGGACAGAGUACAUUUCCAAAGGAAGUGUGGCCAAUAACAGUAGUUCAGCCAAGACCCAAGUGAAGAGAAAAGAAGGGGUUCCGAAUAGCCACCACCAAGGUCCGAGCGGCCCCAAACCUUCUUCCAAGGACCCGGCGGCGGCUAAAAGGCAGAGGAUGUCCUCGCCGGAACCUCAAGCCGGCAUCGCUCCGCUACUGUCUGGACGCCAGCUGUGGAAAUGGUCCGGUAGUCCCACACAGAGGCGGGGUCUGAAGGGGAAAGCCCGCAAGCUGUUCUACAAGGCCGUCGUGCGCGGCAAGGAGACGGUGCGGGUGGGCGAUUGCGCCGUGUUCCUGUCGCCCGGCCGGCCCCAGCUGCCUUACGUCGGCAGGGUGGAGAGCUUGUGGGAGUCGUGGAGCUCCAGCAUGGUGGUCCGGGUCAAGUGGUUCUACCACCCGGAGGAGACUCGCCUGGGCAAGCGACACUGUGACGGCAAGAACGCCUUGUACCAGUCGAGCCACGAGGACGAGAACGACGUUCAGACCAUCUCGCAUCGCUGCCAGGUGAUCGGCCGCUCCGAAUACGAUCGCGUGAUCCGCGAGCACAAGUCGGGCGCCGCCACGGCCAACGAUCUUUUCUACCUGGCCGGCACGUACGAGCCCACCACCGGGCAACUGAUUGGCGCCGACGGUAUGGCUAUCGUGUCCUAGCAACCGCGGCUAGAGUGACCAAAGCGAUAUUGAGCCCCGCCGCUUCCGUGAUGCGGAGUGGGCGGGGCAACGGGAUAUAUCCCAGUGCCGUGCACUUAAAGGACUCUGGUUAGUUCUUGGAAGCCCGUGUGACCUCGAGCGUUGGGAGGCUUCAGUUUUCCCCGCCCGUCGUACUAAGUAUCUUGCAACAAAAGAACCGGAAGCACAGACGUGAGCACUUUGGAGUUCGCUAACUCGGAUAUGCUUCUGUUUUCGGAAACCAAGAAAAGACUCGGGGAGAGGAAGGGAAGUCACUGUAAGCCACACUGGUUUGGGACGCUUGGAAAGGUCUUAAAACUGCUUUUCUCACGGUUGACCCGGGAGAGCCCCAACAGGACCAAAAAAACCCAAAACCACCCCCCCGGCCCCCCUCCAGUGUCAUUUUGGACUGUACGCAAGAGCUGAUUGGUUGUGAGCCGAGAUGAUGUCAUGUCUUUAAAACACACAAAUGUUUUCCUCUUGUCAAGCCAUACACAUCAAUACCUCUCUUGCAUCUUUGUAUUCAGGUGCAAAGACACGUGUACAGGUAGUCGGAUUGCUUUUUUUUUUUUUUUUUCUUGUGCGAGUGAUUGGCUUUAAGCAGCCUUGCGUGGACGGAUAAUAAUGUAAAUACUAUGCAUAGAUAUUUUUCCUUUUUUUUUUACAUUUCGUUGCAGAGAAAAUGCUUUUUAUUUCCAUGUUAAAACGUUUCUUUUGAAUGCACUGUGGGUAAGUCAGUCAAAAAAAAAAUUUUUUUGAACGGAGCGAUCGGAAAGCGGCUCUCUUCAAUCACAUGUCUAACUUGGAAUUUAAAAAAAAAAGUUAUUUUUUUUGCAUUUCUUGUUGGAACCUGACUGGAAAAGAAACCAAGUUUCUGCUUUUCACUGAUGCGGAAAGAAUCCGCUUGAUCCGUCGCAGCCUUUAUUUCUAUUGUCAAAUGUAAAUAUUUGUCGGGCGUCGAAAAGAAAUAUACCAAAGCACCUGUGAGCUUACACUUCCAUCACAUUACAAGAUAAUUAUAUGAGAGUGAUUUAAAAAAAAAAAAAGCCUAAUAAUAAAAAUGUUCAAUCAAAUCUGAAUCCGGGAGCCCUGCAAUCACCCCCCGAGGUAUUUGAAGUAGAGUUCCCUCUCGUCUCAGUGUUGCUAUGACAGCCUCGGAGAGACGUCGCCGCGACAUUGUCUGCGCACUGCCCAGCUGAUGCACUUGAGGUCUCUAUGACAACCAGAAUGGCAUCACAUGACUGUGAAGGACAAUCAGCGCCAAUCAAUGGGACAACGUUGAGAGAGAGAGACAAAAAAAAAAAAACGAUGCUUCUUGUCACUUU